GCGUAAUUCAUUGAGCAAUCUCUUUUUGCCAGUGAAAUCCACAGCUCUCUCCGUGUAUAAUAGUGUUCCAGUCUCCAGCUUCUACUUCUGUUUGGCGGUUCAGGGUAAUGAAGAUAAAAUGCACGUAAUAACCCGAAUCGGUGUCCUAUUUUUGUGGAUGCAUAUGCUGACCUUGGUGAAAAGUCAAGACUGUACACUUCAACAGUUUCUAAAUGGCAAACUGUUUGAUUCAAAUUUUGACACAACUGGUAUGGAGGCCAGCUACUCUGGUGGAAAACAAGUGAGAGUGAGCUGCAAUGUUGGCUAUAGUGGCUUUUUCAAACUGCUCUGCAUUGAGGGAAAAUGGCAGUCUAGAGGCACCCUAUGUCAACCAAGAUCAUGUGGUCAUCCGGGAGAUGCCCAGUUUGCCGAUUUUCAACUGGAAAAGGGAGACGAUUUUGUCUUUGGGUCACAAGUUUUAUAUACCUGCCAAAAAGGUUAUCAAAUGGUCAGUCGCAUAAACUACCGGCGUUGCAUGGCUGAAGGCUGGGAUGGUGUGGUUCCAGUCUGUGAAGCCCAACAGUGCCCAGUGAUUCUUGUGGGCGAUAAUGUCCAGGUGAAUGGGGACCCAGAGGAAGCAACCUAUGGCAAUGUAGUUCGAUUCAGCUGCAAGAACAACAAUGAAAUCCUGAUUGGGUCGCCAGAGAUGUACUGUGAUGAAAAUGGAGAGUGGAGAGGCGACCGUCCAAAGUGCGACGCGAUCAAAUGUACAGUACCCAUGAUUGAAAAUGGUGAGGUGCCUGGAGAUAUCCAAAAGUACCACGAACAUGAUGUCCUGCACUUUAGCUGUAAUCCUGGAUAUAAACGCGUUGAAGCCAGACUUUCAAAAUGCACAAAACGAGGACAAAGAGCAGAGUGGAGCCCCACACCUUUGUGUGAAUUAAUAACAUGUAGACUGACACAGCCGCCACAGGAAGGAACCAGGUAUGAACCUACUUUCAGAAGUGUGUUUUCACCUGGUGACACAGCGAGAGUCAUUUGUGGAGAGAAGCACUGGAUCGUUAACCCACAGGACACCUCAGCACUAACUACAUGCAAAGCGGACGGACAGUGGACUAUCGAACCAGUAUGCUCAGAGGUUAGGUGCAGCAAUCAAAGACCUCAAUUUGUGUAUUACUGGAAUGUCCGUUCGUGGGAGCGAAUAACAUUGGAUGAGACUAAAACAUAUAACUGUAGAAGAGGCUACAAGAGGACAGGUGGUGCUGACCGGGCCACAUGCUCCAGAGAUGGAUGGAAACCAGAUCCACUUUGUCAAGCGAUAACAUGCAAGACUCAAUAUUACCAGAAUUCAGACAUUGAUGGAAUUGAUGAGCAGGAAUACAGAGUCGAUGCCAGGGUCGAGUACAUCUGCAGGGCUGGUUUUGAGGGCCGUUUUACUCUAACCUGUCGGGAAACAGGUUGGAUUGGGGAUCCACGAUGUACAAGGAUACCAUGUAAAAAACUGCACAUCGACAAUGCACAAAUUCGCCGCAAUGAAAAGGAAACUUACAGCUACAAUGAGAAUGCCCAAUAUGCAUGCAAGAACAACGUCGAAAGAGUUUUCACUAUUACCUGUGGGCAAAGUGGCUGGACUGGGAUUCAGAACUGUUCAGCAUGUCUGGACCCUGAUAUUCCACAUGGAUUUGCAGUUCGCCCACACAUUGACACACUGUACUACGCCUGCAAAGAAGGUUAUAAGCUUUCAACCAAAGGCUGGUGGGCUAAGGCCAAAUGUAACGACGGCAAGUGGUCUGCACUUGAAGAAUGCAUCGAGAAUAGAAGGUGUGGAGAAAUUCCUGUGAUUCCUAAUGGCAUAGUGAAACCUUCACGUUGGCAAGGUGAAAGCGCCAGGAUUACUUGUCACGCAGGAUACGACGCUCAGGUUAACACCUUAACUUGUCGUGGGGGAAAAUGGCAUUCAAAUGGAUUUUCACCCAAAACAAUCUGCACACCCACUGCCAAUCCCUGCAACCCCCCAUCUAAAGUUGAGAAUGCUGUUGUUGCGACUCCUUAUCAGAAGGAAUACUUGUCUGGCUCUGCAGUAACUUAUCAGUGCCGUGAUAAGCAUACUACAAUGGAUGGUGAAGAUACGAUUCUAUGCCAAAAUGGGACAUGGGAAAUGAAGGAAAUUAAGUGCACACCAUACUGUGACAAGCUCGAAGAUGCGACAAUGACCCCGGCCCAAGAAAGAUAUAUGGAUGGGGAAUUGAUAAAGUACCAAUGCAUCAGAACUGAUGUUGAAGGCAUUGCAACGUGUGUCAAUACUAAGUGGAAUAAAUCAGAAGAAUGUGAAGUAAAGCCAUGUCAGCUUCCUGAUGAUACUCCCAAUGGCUAUUACCAAAUUAUCAACGGUGAAGAAUUUGUUUUUGGAACAACAAUCAAAUACUUUUGUAAUGAAGGGUAUCAAAUGGUGAGUAGGGAUGACACCAGGACUUGUUUGCUGGACAAAUGGACCAAUUACGUGCCAAUGUGUGAUCCUUUGAGCUGCGACCCCCCGCCUGCAGAUGGAGGGGUUACAGUAGAAGGUUUACCAGAAAAUGACGGUCCUAUACUUCCUGACCGCUUCCUCACAUUCAGCUGUGAUGGCCCUGGGAAAUAUCUGAAUGGCAGUUCAGUGCUAAUAUGUGGUAAAGAUGGACAGUGGGAUAAUCCAUUCCCCUCUUGUGAAGACAUCAUUUGUGAACUUGACGUGAUGCAGCAUCAUCUCAAUGUAGUUGGACUACCACCAAAAAAUGAAACAAUGAAGAUUGGACAUAAAUUACGGUUUCACUGCGACGAUCAAUUUACAUUGGAGGGGUCCGCAGAAAUAGAAUGUUUACAAACUGGGAAGUGGAAUGACGCCUUUCCAACUUGCUCUGACACAUGCAAAGUUGCAGGUGUAUCACGCAGUGUGCGCCUCAACACAUAUGUACCACACAAUCAACUAAGAAAAGGACAGAAGUUGAGGUUUGUGUGCACCAAUUCGAGAGAUACUCUUCGAGGGAAAGCAGAGGUUGAAUGUUUAGCAGGCGGACAGUGGAGUGAUCCCUUCCCAACAUGUGGAGCUCCUUUGGGUUGUAUGACACCACCACCACCCCUUGCAGAUGGAGACACCAAGGAAACGCGUCGAUUCCAGUACGGACAUGGAGAAAGGGUUGAAUACGCCUGUCAGAAUUUGUACAAAAUGGAGGGUGACCCGCACAAAACCUGCCGCAAUGGUGAAUGGGUUGGACAGAUGAGAUGCCUCAAACCCUGCACUGUGGAUCGAGAAGUCAUGAACACACAUAAUAUUCAAUUCCUUCAUGGAACUAGUGAUAAACUGUAUUGUGCCCAUGAUGAUGUAAUCCAGUUCAGCUGCAAAGAUGGACGAAGACACGUUGGCAGGGUGGGCAUGCGUCAGAUGUGUAUUGAUGGUGUGAUGCUCCUGCCAACCUGCCAGUAAAGGUUUUUAGUUAACUGGAUGUGAUAAACAUGAGCUGGCUGGACAAACAUGACAAUGAUUAACCAAAGUGAAGAGUUAUGUCCUAUUCCAGUGCCUAUACUUCAGUGCUGUCUGUGGUCACUUUAAUAAAACAUGUAUUAUCACUUG